CACCUCCCCCUCCCCGGGCAUGGGGGCGUCGCAGUCCACCACCGAGGAGAUGCGACAACUCGCCGGCAAGACCGGCUUCUCUUCUGAGCAGAUUGAGCAGCUCCAUCGGAGAUUCAAGCAGUUAAGCGGGGAUCAGCCCACCAUCCGCAAGGAGAACUUCAACAGCAUCCCCGACCUCGAGCUCAACCCCAUCCGCACCAAAAUCAUCCGUGCCUUCUUCGACAACAGGAACCUCCGCAAGGCGCCCACGGGCCUGGCGGACGAGAUCGACUUUGAGGACUUCCUGACCAUCAUGUCUUAUUUCCGGCCCAUCGACACCAGCUUGGACGAGGAGCAGCUGGCUCACUGCCGGAGAGAGAAGCUGCGAUUCUUGUUCCACAUGUACGACUCGGACAGCGACGGCAGGAUCACCCUGGAAGAAUAUCGCAAUGUGGUGGAGGAGCUGCUGUCCGGGAACCCCCACAUCGAGAAGGAAUCGGCCCGGUCCAUCGCCGACGGGGCCAUGAUGGAGGCUGCCAGUGUCUGCGUGGGACAAAUGCAACCCGAUCAGGUGUACGAGGGAAUCACCUUUGACGACUUCCUGAAGAUCUGGCAGGGGAUCGACAUCGAGACCAAGAUGCACGUGCGUUUCCUGAACGUGGAGCCCAUCGCCCUGUGCCACUGAGACGCUCCCCCGUGCCCGCCCUGCCCGAGGGGCCAGAGGGCGAGGAGCCCUCCUGGGGCUCACCGGGGGGGCUCACCGGGGCCCGGGCUGCCCCUCGCCCUCUACUGAUCUGUACAUACCCCACUGGCUGCUGAUUCCACGGUCGCUUUCUCUCCAGGGCAGGGGUGGGCGUGGAUUUCACCUACCGUUUUUACUUCCAAUAAAAGGCUGGGUUUUGCUACCGAC